UCACACCGAUUAGUUGCCGAAUUGUUUUUGUCGCGAGCGGUUGAUGUGAACAGGCGCUGCGCUCCGUAAAUUUCGUAUACGUUGAUUUGUGUAAACGCCAUUUGUGUGCGCGCGUGUGUGUAUGUAUUUGCAUGCUAGCAAGUUGUUUUUUGCCGCCUCUGUACAGUUAAUAUUCAUAAUUUUCUGUUAAGCGCAGUGCACUCGCAGCCGCAGCAAACUAAAUUAGCGCAAAAUGUUGCCAAAACGUGUGCGAUAAAAGUGAAAGAAAAGUAAAACCCACAAAAAGUACAACAACAACAACAACAACAAACGAAGAAAAUAAAAGAAACGUAGCGCAGGGCCAGGCCAGGCAACCAAAAACUGCGCGUGCCUGUCUCUGUCUCUUUCUUUCUGUGUGUCCGUUUCCGUGUGUGUGUGUGUGUAUAAUUGUGUGUGCGUUUGCAACAGAUGCUGCAAACGUUACGCUCUGUGUUUGUGUUGUUGUUGUGCAAAGACACCAACACCAACAGCAACAGCAAAAGCAAAAACAACGACGCCUAAAACGACAACCACGAAAUACGUCAUCAACAGCCAGCAACAACAACAACAACCAUGUUCAAGUGCAUUCCAAUAUUCAAAGGCUGCAACAGGCAGGUGGAAUUCGUGGACAAACGCCACUGUUCGCUGCCCCAGGUGCCGGAGGAAAUUUUACGCUACUCGCGAACCCUCGAGGAACUCUUUUUGGAUGCGAAUCACAUUCGUGAUCUGCCAAAGAAUUUCUUCAGAUUGCAUCGCCUGAGAAAACUGGGCCUGAGUGACAAUGAAAUUGGACGCCUGCCGCCGGACAUACAAAACUUUGAAAAUCUCGUGGAGCUCGAUGUUUCACGUAACGAUAUACCCGACAUUCCCGAUGACAUUAAGCAUCUGCAGAGCCUGCAGGUGGCCGACUUCAGCUCGAAUCCGAUACCGAAACUGCCGUCGGGCUUUUCGCAGUUGAAGAACUUGACCGUACUGGGCUUAAAUGAUAUGUCGCUCACAACAUUGCCCGCCGAUUUUGGCAGUUUGACGCAGCUCGAGUCACUGGAGCUGCGCGAGAAUCUGCUCAAGCAUUUACCCGAAACGAUAAGUCAGCUCACGAAGCUGAAGCGCCUCGAUCUGGGCGACAACGAAAUUGAGGAUUUGCCACCAUAUCUUGGCUAUUUGCCGGGCCUGCACGAGCUCUGGCUGGAUCACAAUCAGCUGCAGCGUCUACCGCCAGAGCUGGGCCUGUUGACCAAGCUAACGUAUCUGGAUGUGUCCGAAAAUCGCCUGGAGGAGCUGCCCAACGAGAUUGGCGGCCUGGUUAGCCUCACCGAUCUGGAUCUGGCACAGAAUCUGCUCGAGACACUGCCCGAUGGCAUUGCCAAACUGAGUCGACUGACCAUACUGAAACUGGACCAGAAUCGCUUGCAGCGUCUGAAUGAUACGCUCGGCAACUGCGACAACAUGCAGGAGCUGAUAUUGACGGAAAACUUCCUGUCCGAGCUGCCCGCCUCGAUUGGAAACAUGAGCAAGCUGAGCAACCUGAAUGUGGAUCGCAACGCCUUGGAGUAUUUGCCCAUAGAGAUUGGCCAGUGCAGCAAUCUGGGCGUGCUCAGUCUGCGCGACAACAAGCUGAAGAAGCUGCCGCCCGAGCUGGGCAACUGCACAGUGCUGCAUGUGCUCGAUGUGAGCGGCAACCAGCUGCUCUAUUUGCCCUAUUCGUUGGUCAACCUGCAGCUGAAGGCGGUCUGGCUGUCGGAGAAUCAAUCACAGCCACUGCUCACCUUCCAGCCGGACACGGACGCUGAGACGGGCGAGCAGGUGCUCUCCUGCUACCUGUUGCCCCAGCAGGAGUAUCAGCCCAUUGCGCCAGAUUAUCCACCCCAGACGCUUUAUAGAUCAAGCGAAAAGUUCGAUUCGAUGGAUUUCUUCAGUUAUCAACAGAAAGCACGCGAUUUGGAAUCCGACUCUGAACCCUAUGAGGAGCGCGAACCGUCACGCACCGUUGUCAAAUUCUCGGAGGAUGCCAGCCAGGAAAAGGAUACGCCAUUUGUGCGCCAGAACACGCCGCAUCCCAAGGACUUGAAGGCCAAGGCACAGAAACUCAAAGUGGAGCGCAGUCGACACGAAGAGAAUGCCAAUUUGGUGGCACUGCCCGAGGAGAACGGCACCAAAACAGUCGUGACAGAAACCCCCGCCGAGGCACGCACUCUGGCCAAUAGUCACCAACAGAUAGUCGUGACAGCCACCAAUAGCGCUACCGCUGCGCAGCCAGUACACAAACCAGCCGCAGUGGUGAAUUCCAAACCUGUAACGGUUGGUGCAAUUACACCAACACCAACUGCAGCUGCGCCACAAACCGUACAGGGUGCCCCAGCAGCAGCAGCAGCAGCAGCCACGGCCAGAACCAACAGCGACAAUACAACAGCAACAGUUGCCCAGGCGGCUGACGCUGCGGAACAGGAAGACGAAUAUGAGACCGAUCGCCGCGUGGGCUUCCAGGUGGAGGGUGAGGACGAUGACUUUUACAAGCGACCGCCAAAGCUGCACAGACGCGAUACGCCCCAUCACUUGAAGAACAAGCGUGUGCAGCAUUUGACCGAUAAACAGGCCAAUGAAAUCUUGGCCAAUGCUCUGGCCUCACAGGAGCGCGACUCGCCAGAGCCGCAGCAGUCGCUGGCCAAGGUGCAGUCCCCCAUUGAGGAGAAUGCUGAUGCCGAGCUGCUCGAACAGCAGCAGGAGCAACAGGAGCAGCAGCAGCAGCAGCAGCAACAACAAAAGCAGCAACCAUUUGACGCCUCGCUCUCCCCAAUCCCAGCUCCAAAGGCUGAGGCAGCAGCCGCCACAGCAGCAGAUAACAUUGAUGGCGUGACGGAGCUGCGUCUGGAGCAGUACGAGAUACACAUUGAGCGCACCUCGGCUGGCCUCGGCCUGAGCAUAGCCGGUGGCAAGGGCUCGACGCCCUUUAAGGGUGACGAUGACGGCAUAUUCAUAUCGCGCGUCACCGAAGCGGGACCCGCCGAUCUGGCCGGCCUGAAAGUGGGCGACAAGGUGCUCAAGGUGAAUGGCAUUGUUGUCGUGGAUGCCGAUCAUUACCAGGCCGUCCAGGUGCUCAAGGCAUGCGGCGCCGUGCUGGUGCUUGUGGUACAACGCGAGGUGACGCGCCUAAUUGGCCAUCCCGUCUUCAGUGAGGACGGCAGCGUCUCACAGAUCUCCGUAGAGACGCGCCCUCUGGUUGCCGAGGCACCAACUGUCACACAGGAGCGCUACAUUCCGCCGCCCAUUCAAAUAGUUCCAGAACAGCUGCAGCAGCAGCCCGUUCAGCAGCUGCAACAGCUGGCGCCUGCCCAGGCACAUGGCUAUGCGGGCAAUGUGUUUGCCACGCCCACGCCAGCAACAAAUGGCAUGUUGCUGGAGAACGGCAAGCUGGAUUUGGCGCCGUUAAGCUUUAUUCAAUUGCACACAACGCUCAUACGCGAUCAAAUUGGCCAGGGAUUGGGUUUCAGCAUUGCCGGCGGCAAGGGCUCACCGCCGUUCAAGGAUGAUUGCGACGGCAUUUUCAUAUCGCGCAUUACCGAGGGUGGGCUGGCGCAUCGCGACGGCAAAAUCAUGGUCGGUGACCGUGUUAUGGCGAUUAACGGCAACGACAUGACGCAGGCACAUCACGACGCGGCUGUCGCCUGCCUCACCGAGCCGCAGCGGUUUGUGCGCCUCGUGCUUCAGCGCGAAUAUCGCGGCCCUCUUGAGCCGCCGACGAGUCCGCGCAGUCCGGCCGUGCUCAACUCGUUGAGCCCCUCCGGCUAUCUGGCCAAUCGACCAGCUAACUUUGGACGCUCUGUGGGCGAUGAGCAGCCCUACAAGUACAACACAUUGGCCACCACGCCCACGGCAACUGUGACGACAGGCGUUGUGCACAACAACAACAACAACAACAAUAAUAAUACGCUGCCCAGCAACAAGACUAACGGAUUUGCAACAGCUACUGCUGUCAAUAAUGCUCCUUAUACUGCUGCAGCUGCCCCAGCUGCUGUCCCAGCAGCUGCUCCCGCUUCACACAUUGACAAAUCCACAGGUCAACCGGUGCCAGCACCACGUCGCACGAACUCGGUGCCUCUGGGCGAUGGCGACGCUGCAGUAAAUGGCGCUGCGUCCACCACCAGCAGCGGCGACUCUGGUGAGGCUCAGCCCUCAUCCCUACGGCCAUUGACCAGCGAUGAUUUUCAGGCGAUGAUACCGGCACAUUUUCUCAGCGGCGGCAGUCAGCAUCAGGUGCAUGUGGCACGGCCCAACGAGGUGGGCGUCAGCGCUGUCACUGUGAACGUGAACAAGCCGCAGCCCGAUUUGCCCAUGUUCCCAGCCGCGCCCACCGAGCUGGGCCGCGUCACCGAGACCAUCACCAAGUCCACAUUCACGGAAACGGUAAUGACGCGCAUCACCGACAAUCAGCUGGCGGAGCCAUUGAUCAGUGAGGAAGUGGUGCUGCCCAAGAAUCAAGGCUCACUCGGCUUCAGCAUCAUCGGCGGCACGGAUCACUCCUGUGUGCCAUUCGGCACACGCGAACCGGGCAUUUUCAUUUCACAUAUUGUGCCCGGGGGCAUUGCAUCCAAAUGCGGCAAGCUGCGCAUGGGCGAUCGCAUAUUGAAAGUCAACGAGGCGGACGUCUCGAAGGCCACACAUCAAGAUGCUGUAAUGGAGCUGCUGAAGCCUGGCGAUGAGAUCAAGCUGACCAUACAGCACGAUCCGUUGCCGCCUGGUUUUCAGGAAAUAUUACUUGCCAAGGCCGAAGGCGAGCGCCUGGGCAUGCACAUUAAGGGUGGCUUGAAUGGACAGCGCGGUAAUCCUACGGAUCCGUCUGACGAGGGCGUCUUCGUGUCUAAAAUUAACUCCGUUGGAGCAGCACGACGCGACGGAAGGCUUAAGGUGGGCAUGCGUCUGCUGGAGGUCAAUGGUCAUUCGCUUCUGGGCGCCUCGCAUCAAGAUGCGGUCAACGUUCUGCGCACUGCCGGCAAUGAAAUUCAAUUGGUAGUCUGCAAGGGCUACGACAAAUCUAGUUUAAUGCAUUCCAUUGGCCAAGCAGGUGGCAUGAGCACUGGCUUUAACUCGUCUACAUCCUGCAGCGGUGGCAGUCGCCAAGGCUCUCGUGCUUCAGAAACCGGCUCGGAGCUUAGCCAAAGUCAGAGCGUCUCCAGCUUGGAUCACGACGAGGACGAGCGUCUACGACAGGACUUUGAUGUAUUUGCGGGACAACAGCCAGAUAUUGUUGCCAUGCCGGAGCCCACUAGCCAAACAGGCCUGGCAGCAGCUGCUGCUCUUGUGCACGGGGCGCCUUCACCCACACCCACCACACCGACGCCGCCCGCUGGGUCUGCGGCACACGCCGACUCGGCACAGCCUGACACAGUGGCCGCGCAGACUGUGGCGCUUAUACACGCCGAACAAACGCAACAGCCGCCGCAGACGCAGCAAGUGGCAACAAUUGGGCAGGAGAAGAGCACCCAGGAGAAGGUGCUGGAAAUUGUGCGCGCUGCGGAUGCCUUCACCACCGUGCCACCGAAGUCACCAUCAGAGCAUCAUGAACAGGAUAAAAUACAAAAGACAACGACGGUUGUUAUAUCGAAGCACACGCUCGAUACGAAUCCUACCACGCCCACCACACCCGCCGCACCUCUGCCGCUGUUGCCCGCGGAGUCAGCGACCGCGGCCGCGGCCACGACCACGGCACCAGUUGCUGUUGCACAGACCCAGACACAGACCAAUUCCAGUCAGCAGCAGCAACAACAACAGCAGCGCGGCACACAGACACCGGAACGUGUGGCGCCCGGAGCACGUUAUUCCUAUCAGCAAAUGCUGGAGAGCCAGGAGGAGAGCCGUGUGCCAGAGCCCACAACAACGCCCAAGAAGGCGGAGCCAGUGUAUAUCAUAGACGAUGAGGAUGACGAUGAGGACGACAUUGAUGCAAUUGCGGAGGAGGAUGAAUCCUCGCCGCCCGUCGACAUACAGUCGCCGCCUUCGUACGCCGACACCGACUCCGAUUGCUUUGAGCGUCCGCGCGGACGCUACACCAGCGAUUCGGAGAGCGAUUGCCGGCCCUAUAAGCCGUCACGGUCCGGGCGCAGCACGCCCGAGUACGCGGGUGGCCAUCGAAAGUCCGUCAGUUUCGAUCUGAGUGGAGACGAGCGCUCCAAGUCGGAUUAUGAGCGCUCGCGUUCCCGCACGCCAGAUCGCUUCUCGCGCGCCUAUGACUCGGAGCAGGAUACGCGCACAAAGGCCUUGGGUCGCAUGCCGCGCAAGGGUAUACUGCGCGCUACCAGUCCCAGCUCCUCGGCCAGCUCCACGCUGGAGCGUCGUCCGGAAAAGCCGCCGCCCAUUGUUCCGACCGUAGCGCGCAUACGCGAGGUAGAAUCACCACAGCUGCAGCGUGUCUCCCGCGCCACAUCGCCCGAGCGACCGGGUGAGCUGGAGCGCGAGAAUCCCUUCCGUCAGGUGGAGCCAUAUGAAGAUGAUGAAUACACGCAAAUUGCCAAGGCAAUCAGCAUGUCGCCGCGCUCACCGCGUGAUCAGUUCUUCUUUGGCACCUCACGCUCUAACGAGGAUCUGAUCGAGCAGUCGCAUUCCAGUGGUCGCAGCACGCCCAGCACGGUCAUCUCGAAGUCGACGGAGAACUUGACGGGCGCCCGGCCCAAAGUGCCGCCGCCCACGCUGCCCAAGCCGCAGCUCAAAAAGGCCGAUCUGGUGCGCAACGUGGCGCUCGAGACCUUCCAGGCCACCGAUGUGGGCCAGGGUGAUUUUGCGGUGUUCGAGCACGACGCCAGCACCAAUACCAUACACCAGGUGGCCAAGCUGCCCGUUCGCCUGGCCACCAAGUCGUCCUCCAGGCCACGCGAGAGCCCGCCGCCGCCGCCCGUCAACUACUCGACGCUGCCCAAAUCACCGCUGCCCAAGCUGGCGGCUUCGCUGUUAGAGGAAUCGGUCUAUAUGGAGGCACUACCGCCAGCACAGCGGCGUCCAAAUGAUUUCGUUCACGAGAACUCACCGGACAAUAUAUUGGUAACGCCGGAGCAGCAUCGGGAUUUCCUGUUGCGCGAGAACGAGAUGAGGAAUCAGCUGCGCGCUCCCUACGAGCCGGCGCCGCCCAUACCCAUAGCAGCCGGCAGCGGCGGGGGCGACAACAGCAACUAUGCGCUGCUGUUGGGGCCCGCAACGCCCGCACAAAUCUUUCCCGCGGCCCAAAUACUGCCCGUGCAAUAUGCCAGCCUGCCGCAGCCGCAACAGCCCAAUAAACUUCGGUUGGGCGGUGCGGCCUCGCCGCCGCAGCCCGUGUUCAACGUGCUGCUGCGGCCCGGCGAUCAGCGCCAGGUGGCGGCUGCCCAAGGUGGCGGCUCCUCCACAGCCGGGUCGCUUUAUCUGCAGGCGUCACAGUUACCGCUAUCACCUGCGGCCGAGCAUGAGAAGGCCAUGGCCACACCAACACCCACAAAAGUGCCUAAAUCGGUAUCCGAUAAAAAACGAUUCUUUGAGUCUGCCAUGGAGGAUCAACACAAGCCCACACAAAAGACAGAUAAAGUUUUUUCGUUCCUGUCAAAGGACGAAGUCGAAAAGUUACGGCAGGAAGAGGAAAAGAAAAUUGCAACACUGCGUCGUGAUAAGAAAUCCCGAUUAUUAGAUGCUGCCAAUGACAACAUUGACAAGGACGACGAUGCCAGGCAUCCUGAUAACAGGCAACAGGAUACCGCUGACAACAGCAGCAGCAGCGAGUACAACAGCGACGACGACGUCGACGACGACGACGAGGACCACAACGAACUGCAGGCAAGCGGCCGCAAGGAUGUCGUUGACAAUGUCGUGCGGGCACAGUUCGAUGAUGCGGAGGACAUGAGAACCGCACAAGCUCAAGCGCAGACAACGCACGCGCCUAGCAAAAUACCCAAGCAGCUGCGGCAGCAGCGUGCCAAGGCCACGCCCACGGCCAAUGCGGCGCCUGCCAGUGAUACGCCCAAGCCUUCACUGCUGCCCAAGCCAAAGGUCAAAGUUGUGAUGCCGCCUGCGCUGCAGCAACGGUUGCGGCAGCACCAAGAACAACAACAACAACAGCAGCAACAAUCUCAGCCCGAGGAGCCAACCAUACACGAAGAGGAGCAGCCGGCCACGCCCAGCGGCUCUGGCAGCCGUAUACCCGUGCGCACACUGAAGGCAGAACGACGCGCCCUGGCAGCAGCUGCACGCCAGGCAGGCCUGACUGUGGACGACUACGUCCGACAGCUGGAGAAGGAAGAGCAGCCGCAGCUGGAGCAGGGCGCCUCGCCCACAACGCCAGCGGUCAAGAGCCGCGCCAUGAUGAACGCUGAGAAGCGCGCCUCUUGGCGUGCUGCACGUUUACGCUCCUUGGAACAGGGCGCGGUCGAGGCGCAGGAUGUGAUCAAGAACAUGCGCAAGAUGACCGACGAUUUGAUCACGCACGAGUCCAGAGCCAGCGAGCCGAAAAUAGUCUUUCCAAAAAUUGCCAUAAAGUCUAGCGAUGGCCCGGUCAUCGUGCGCGAACGCGAGAAAAUACUCGAUGAGAAAAUUGUGCGGCGCACUGAGGAGGUGCCCUGCCCCAUAACGGGGCAACCUCAAUUGCGCACCGUUGAGUACAUUGAGAAAAUCAUCGAGACGGAGGUGGAGACUUGCAAGGAGCGCAUCAUUUCAUUGGAGCUGCAGGUGCCUGAGGCGGAAGAGGGUACACUUGAUGAUACACAGCCGCCGCUGGAACUGCAGGCAGAUGAUGAUUUCGACAACGAUGAUUACGAUGAUGAUGAUGAUGAUGAUGAUGAAGAGGACGAGGAGGAGGAAGAGGAAGAGGACACAGCCUCCAUUGUUACGGUGCAAGCAAACAACGAGAAAUUGUUUCUGCGCCACGAUGCAGAUGCCUAUGGCCCAUCCUCCAUUGACAGCGUCUCGUCGGGCAAGGUACGCAUUAAGGCAACGCCGCUGACACUACACCAGACGCUGGCCAAAGAGACGACCAUUGUGGAGGUGCUGAAUCCUGUCAUUGGUGGCGACGGCAGCGCGCGUACUAUACAAGUGAGUGGCAUGCCCUUCGACAUGGAUGAGCUGGAGGAGGGCGCGACCUCGCUGCUGCGCAGCGAAACUUUUGUGUUGCCCACUGGCGGCAAGUCGGAGCUGUCAUUAAAUGCAAAAAUGAAGAAUGUGCUCGAGGAGCUGCUAGAGAAUGAGCGCGUUAAAUUGAAUUUGCAAAAGAGCCUCGAGGAGCACAGUGACAAUGAGAACGACGAGGAGGGCGAAACCGAGAACGUCUAUGUGGAUGCACGCGACGACGAUGAGAGCGCCUAUGGUGACGCUAUAGAUGAUGUUGUUGACUUUGGCGUAACAGUCGCGCCGACGGGCAAAACUAAAGGCCAGGACGAUGCCAAGAACGGCAAUCAGCAGCUGCUGGAAGCGUUGAUCAGGGACAGUAAUCGCAAUACCAUAAUGGGUAAAUUGGCCAGUCAAUUGGCCACGAACAAGGACGGGGACGACGACGACGAUGACGAGCAGGACGACGACGAGGAGGAAGACGAAAGUAGUGAUUCCUCGGACGAUGAUAGCGAUGACUCCGAUGAGGAGGACAAUGCCGAGGAGCAAUUAAACAUUGCCUACGUGCAGGGCGCGCAGGUAAUCGAGAAUCUCAACACUGUGGCUGCGGGCAACAAGCUGCAAAAGUCACAGACCUACAACACCAUGAAGCAAGCUGAACAGGAGGAGAAGGAAGCGGAGGAGCAAGCAGGCGGCAAUACCCUGGCCCAGCUGCAGGCCGAGCAGCGUGCACUGGCCGAGAUCUCAAAGCAGUUGCGCAAGUCUGUCGAGGAUUUGCUUAGCGCCGAUGGCGGCUCGGUAGUGGAAACACAGCGCACCUACACGCUGCCAGCUUCCAGCGACAGCAAAGCCGUCGUCACCGUCACCGAGGUGGUAAAGAAGCAAAAGAAAACGGCACGGCAAUCGGGCGCCAGCGAAUCUGGCGAGGCUAUAUUCAAUCGCCUGCUCAGCGCCGGCGAAUCCGAGCGUCAGAUCUUCGACCAGCAGCAGGGCGAAACCAUCACAACCACCACCACAACCACUGAAGCCCUGCCCGCCGCGGCAGCCGCCGCAGCUGCCGGUGAGCCCAGCACCAGUGUGGUGACCACAACGCGCACAGUCUCCAACAUUGUCACCAGCGGCAUACCGAGGCUCGAGGCGAGCAAGCAAACCAUUCGCAACAGCAGCAACAACAACAACAACAAUAACAAUCGCAGCAAAAACAAGCGCAAAGGCAAAAAGAAAUAGGCAAUAAAGGACGGCCAAUUGCGCAUACGACACGAGGUCUGUAUGGGAUUUAACUAGGCAUAUAUACACAAAUAUUCUCACGUGGAGCCCUUCACCAGCAGCAGCCCCUUCCACAUAUAGACAUAUUCACAUAUCAGCGCAUUAAGGAGCAUUUAACAAUGUGCCGUUAUACAUAAUGUAUGUACGUUUUAUAUACGCCUGCAUAUGUGUGUGUACCAUAUAUAAUACAUGUGUGUAUAUAAUUUUAAUUAAUUGUGCAAAUAACUUGUCGCUGCAUUUAAAAACACAUUUGUAACUAAUCAUAAAAACGAGCGCAAAAAAAAAGGAACGCAUAAUUGUGUAAAAUGAAAUCAAUUUCAUUAUUAUUAAAAAUAUAAACCCUGCAAGCUUUUAACAAUAUUCAGUUCAGUAACAACAAAUGGCAAUUAAAAUUACCUAAAGCCCAAGGAACUACGUGCA